UUGUUUACCUAAUUUGCACGUGGGCGGUCGUACAUACAUUCUACAGACAGAAAGAUUGGCUAAUCUGACGUUUAUCAGUAUUUUUAAUCAUAUUCAGAAACUUUCAUACAUCCUAGACAUGCAUACUCAAACGUUCCUAUUUGCCCUUCUGCUCUCUGCAUGUUGCCUAUUCUAUAUGGGUGAGAGCAAACUGUCUUGUUAUCAUUGUACAAAACAGAUAACGGAUAAAACAACAACAUCGUACAUGGAAUAUAACACUGGAACUCAGGCCAGCGAGUGCGCAGAAAAGGAAUGCAGUGAUGACACCGAUGAAUGCUUCUCGCUUACAACAACAGCAUCAUCGGAAGGGGAGACAAGUGUUAGUGUACACAUGAGCUGUGGAACAACAACUAAGGAUGAAGCUUGUACUGAAGUCGGUGGCCUAAACGUGGCUACUUGCAAGUCUGAUUGGACAUGGAAGAUCUGCAAGAAAGAUCUGUGCAACAGCGGCAGUGCAUUUCAACCUAUGCUGAUUCUGAUGGCUUUAACAAUUGUUGCAGCCUUGUUUUCAUAUUAGAUUAUUUCCUUCAUUAUUUUUAACACCAGUUUAAAAGAAGCGAAUUUUAACUAUUAUCAACUUUGAGUAUACUGAGCUGAGCAGACUCUACAUUUGUAAUAGACAUUUUUAUGGUUAGAACCCUUUGAAUGCUUUC